AUGGAUUUAAACGGUGGAAAACCACUCUCACCAUGGAAAGUUCCAUCACGAAUAUCAUUAAAACGUAUUCGUCAUAAAAUCAAUUCAGAUCUAUCUGUUCAAACACUUUCAUCACAAGCAAAUGAGAGAAAUUCUCAGAAACUCAAUACAAAACGGAAUCGUCCGAUGAUCAAUAAAUUUGCCUUGGCGCGUUCAAUUUCAACACCAACGUCGGAUGAAAAUGUGACACCAAAUCUUCCCCCUCCAACAACAACAGCAGUUGAAAAGAGUAAUGACGAACACCUUCUUGCUAAACUUCACCAAAUUAUGCCGCCACCGUCAGCGAUGAUCGCUAAUGACCAACAUUUUCAAACAACAAUGAGAAGCUUUUCACUGGAAGGAUCAUUCAGUCCGGUCGAGUCAAAUAAUAAAACGUCGGAUGAACUUCUUCUUGCAUUUCCCAUUGAUUGGUCAUUGAAAUCCUCGUGUCGAUUUCAUUCAUUGAAUCCUUCAUCAGGAUUUUUAAACCAAUUUAUGAAGCUUCGUUCAGCUGAUGAAACUCUUGCUCUAGAAUACAUUUGUUCCAAUAGAGAUCAAGACAACGAGAAGGCUCUUUUUCGUUCCUUAACAUCCUACUGGACAUAUCCACAUAUUUCUUGGUUAAAACUAUUUCCACGUUCACAACAACAACAACAAAGCAAUGCAAGUUUUGCACCUUUGGAUGAACAAGCACAACUCGUGCUUCAAGAUGAAUGGAAAAGUGCAUUUCAAUCACUUUUUCAAGCAUUUAGAACUAAAUAUUGCGCGUUCUUUUACAUGUGUACACACACGUUCAACAUCUUAUUUCGAGAAGAUUCAUCGUCACAAAUUGUUGCUGUAAUUAGCCCAACAACGAGCGGUUUACGAGCAACAUUCGAACGUGAGGGAAUCGAAUUUACAAUGGCUGAGGGUGACGAUUCGUUAAGUAAAAAUAAUGAAGAAGAAGAAGAUGACGACGAGAACGCUGAUGAAAAUGAUGCAUCAUGUGCACAGUGGCUAGAAGAUAUAGGUUUAUCUGCUGCAUCUUCAACAAAUUCAGCAAAUGAUCGUCGCUGUACGUCAACAAAGAAAAAAUCCAACAGUGAUAAAACACGUUCAACGACAAUUCUUAUUCGAGAUUUAUCAUCUGUAAAUAGUUUAUUUAAUUUCCUUUUGAAUAAAUCUCAACGAACAUGUAUGGCCCUAACUGGUUCAUUGACUGGUGNAUGUGCACAGUGGCUAGAAGAUAUAGGUUUAUCUGCUGCAUCUUCAACAAAUUCAGCAAAUGAUCGUCGCUGUACGUCAACAAAGAAAAAAUCCAACAGUGAUAAAACACGUUCAACGACAAUUCUUAUUCGAGAUUUAUCAUCUGUAAAUAGUUUAUUUAAUUUCCUUUUGAAUAAAUCUCAACGAACAUGUAUGGCCCUAACUGGUUCAUUGACUGGUGUUCCACCAACGUUGAUGUCACCACGGCCAUUUCUUCACUCAUCAUUAAAAUACCUCAAUGUUCACUUUCAAUCGAACUCAAUGUUAACAGUUGAUGGUGGACCAUUAUUACCUGAUCGAUUGAAAGGUCUUUGGAAUCUUCUUACAGAUAAAAAUGAACAAAUUCAAAUGACUUGUACAAAUGUUGAACGAACAUCGGCAUUAAAUCUAGACGGUGAACAAGGUCGGACAAUCAAACAAAUUCAACUGAAUGAAAACCAACAUUUACGUGUACAAUUUGCAACAAUGUGA